UUCCUCACAGCGGAAGGAGACGACGGAUCUCCUGCAGGACAAUGUGAGACAGUUGAUCCAACGCAGUAAGCGAGCAGCCAGGAUGGAAGUAGCGGGGCUAAUUUAACGCAUUUUGCAGCGCAAACACAAGCCGAAUAUCGUUGGGAAUCUUUAGUUUUGAAGCCCCGAGGAUAUGGGGACACUGCGCUGAGACGGAGCGGGCUUUCCGGGCCGAGAAACGGGGGAGAAAGAUGGGGAUGGGUGUCGUGCUGCGGAGCCUGUUGUUGUGUAGUUUUUGUUUUCUCAUACGAGGCGUGCCGCUGCUGCUGUAUGCGAACCGCCGUGACCUCCGUCUGGUGGACGCGGCGCACGAGAAGGCCAACGCCACGGUGGUGGUGGGGGGGCUGGAGGACGCCGCGGCCGUGGACUACGUCUACGCGCGGGGCCUCAUCUACUGGAGCGACGUGAGCGAAGAGGCCAUCAAACGCACCGUGUUCAACCAAUCGGGGGCCAGCGCGGUGCAGACGGUGGUCCCCGGGCUGGCCUCGCCCGACGGACUGGCCUGCGAUUGGCUGGGGAGUAAACUCUACUGGACAGACUCGGAAACCAAUCGCAUCGAGGUGGCCGAGCUGGACGGCUCGCUGAGGAAGGUUCUGUUCUGGCAGGAGCUGGACCAGCCGAGGGCCAUCGCUCUGGACCCCGAACGAGGGUACAUGUACUGGACCGACUGGGGCGAGAUCCCAAAGAUCGAGCGUGCGGGGAUGGACGGGACCAACCGGUCCAUGAUCAUCGACCGGGACAUCUACUGGCCCAACGGGCUGACCCUGGACUACAGCCAGGAGAAGCUCUACUGGGCCGACGCCAAACACAACUUCAUCCACCGCGCCAACCUGGACGGCUCCUCCAGGGAGGUGGUGGUUAAAGGGGAGCUACCUCACCCGUUCGCCCUCACCCUGUACGAGGACACGCUGUUCUGGACCGACUGGAACACCCACUCCAUCCACUCCUGCAGGAAACAGACCGGAACCGAGCAGCGCGUGGUCCACUCCGACAUCUUCUCGCCCAUGGACAUCCACGUCUUCAGCGCCAAGAGACAAAACAUCCUGGCCACCAGUCUGUGCUCUGUGAAGAAUGGAGGCUGUUCCCACCUCUGCCUGCUCUCCCCGGUGAAGCCCUUCUUUCAGUGUGCCUGUCCCACCGGAGUCCAGCUGCUGGAGGACGCCAAGACCUGCCGAGACGGUGCGACCCAGAUGCUGCUGUUAGCGCGGCGCACCGACCUGCGGCGCAUCUCUCUGGACACGCCCGACUUCACGGACAUCAUCCUGCCGGCGGAGGACAUCCGGCACGCCAUCGCCGUGGACUACGACCCCGUGGACGGCCUCGUGUACUGGACCGACGACGACGUCAAGGCCAUCAGGCGCUCGCGGCUGGACGGCAGCGAGGCCGAGUUCGUGGUCACGUCGCAGGUCAACCACCCGGACGGCAUCGCGGUGGACUGGAUCGCCCGGAACCUGUACUGGACCGACACCGGCACGGACCGAAUCGAGGUCACGCGCCUCAACGGCACCAUGCGCAAGAUCCUGAUCUCGGAGGACCUGGACGAGCCGCGUGCUAUCGUGCUGGACCCGGUCGCAGGCUACAUGUACUGGACAGACUGGGGUGAGGUGCCAAAGAUAGAGCGUGCUGACCUGGACGGGACGGAGCGCCUGGUGAUGGUCAACACGUCUCUGGGAUGGCCCAAUGGUCUCGCCCUCGACUACGACGAACGCAAACUCUACUGGGGGGACGCCAAGACCGACAAGAUAGAGGUGAUGAACAUGGACGGGACGUCCCGCCGCGUGCUGGUGGAGGACAAGCUGCCCCACAUCUUCGGCUUCACGUUGCUAGGCGACUACAUCUACUGGACGGACUGGCAGCGCCGCAGCAUCGAGCGCGUCCACAAACGCACCGCGGAGCGUCAGUUCAUCAUCGACCAGCUGCCCGACCUCAUGGGCCUCAAAGCCACGUCCGUCCACACGUCCUCCGGUACCAACCCUUGUGCGGAGAGUAAUGGCGGCUGCAGCCACCUGUGUCUCUACAAGCCGGUGGGCGUCCAGUGCGGCUGUCCCAUCGGCCUGGAGCUGAUCGCCGACAUGCGGACGUGCAUCGUGCCCGAGGCCUUCCUGCUCUUCUCCCGGCACACCGACAUCCGCCGCAUCUCCCUGGAGACCAACAACAACAACGUGGCCAUCCCGCUCACCGGCGUCAAGGAGGCCUCGGCGCUCGACUUCGACAUCACCGACAACCGCAUCUACUGGACCGACAUUACUCUGAAGACCAUCAGCCGGGCCUUUAUGAACGGCAGCGCCCUGGAGCACGUGGUGGAGUUCGGCCUGGACUACCCAGAGGGCAUGGCGGUGGACUGGCUGGGGAAGAACCUGUACUGGGCCGACACCGGCACCAACCGCAUCGAGGUGGCCAAACUGGACGGGCAGCACCGACAGGUCCUGGUCUGGAAGGAUCUGGACAGUCCGCGCGCUCUGGCUCUGGAUCCCGCCGAAGGGUACAUGUACUGGACGGAGUGGGGGGGGAAGCCGAAGAUCGACCGAGCGGCGAUGGACGGGACGGGGCGCAUCACGCUGGUGGCCGAUGUGGGCCGAGCCAACGGACUCACCAUCGACUACGCCGAGCGGCGCCUCUACUGGACCGACCUCGACACCACGCUCAUCGAAUCCUCCAACAUGCUCGGUCAGGAUCGCGAGGUGAUAGCCGAUGACCUCCCUCACCCGUUCGGCCUCACCCAGUACCAGGACUACAUCUACUGGACGGACUGGAGCCAGCGCAGCAUCGAGCGCGCCAACAAGACCAGCGGGCAGAACCGCACCGUGAUCCAGGGCCACCUGGACUACGUCAUGGACAUCCUGGUCUUCCACUCGUCCCGGCAGGGCGGCUGGAACGCCUGCGCCUCCACCAACGGGCACUGCUCGCACCUCUGCCUCGCCGUGCCCGUCAGCAGCUUCGUGUGCGGCUGCCCCGCCCACUUCUCCCUCAACUACGACAACAAGACCUGCAGCGCUCCGACUUCGUUCCUGCUGUUCAGUCAGAAGUCGGCCAUCAACCGCAUGGUGAUCGACGAGCAGCAGAGUCCCGACAUCAUCCUGCCGAUCCACAGCCUGAGGAACGUGCGAGCGAUCGACUACGACCCGCUGGACAAACAGCUGUACUGGAUCGACUCCAAGCAGAACGUCAUUCGCCGCGCUCAGGAGGACGGGAACCAGAGUGUGACGGUGGUGUCGAGUUCUCUGGCCGGACCCAGCCAGGGCCUGCAGCUGUACGACCUGAGCAUCGACAUCUACAGCCGCUUCAUCUACUGGACCAGCGAGGUCACCAACGUCAUCAACGUGACCCGCACGGACGGCAGCCGAGUCGGUGUGGUGCUGAGAGGAGAGCACGACAAGCCCAGAGCCAUCGUGGUCAACCCAGAGAGAGGGUACAUGUACUUCACCAACCUGCUGGAGCGCUCUCCAAAGAUCGAGCGCGCGGCGCUGGACGGGACGGAGCGAGAGGUUUUGUUCUUCAGCGGUUUGGGGAAGCCCGUGGCGCUGGCCAUCGAUAACGAGCUGGGGAAGCUGUUCUGGGUCGACUCGGACCUGAGACGCAUCGAGAGCAGCGACCUCUCCGGAGCCAAUCGGAUCGUGAUCGCAGACUCCAACAUCCUGCAGCCGGUGGGCCUGACGGUGUUCGGGAACCACCUGUACUGGAUCGACAAGCAGCAGCAGAUGAUCGAACGCAUCGACAAAACCACGCGGGAGGGGCGCACCAAGAUCCAGGCGCGCAUCGCCUACCUCAGCGAUAUCCACGCCGUGCACGAGCUCGACAUGAGCGAGUACAGUAAACACCCGUGCACCUGGGACAACGGUGGCUGCUCCCACAUCUGCAUCGUGAAGGGAGACGGGACGACUCGCUGCUCGUGUCCCGUCCACCUGGUGCUGCUGCAGGACGAGCUCUCUUGUGGAGAGCCCCCCACCUGCUCCCCGGAGCAAUUCUCCUGCACCUCCGGCGAAGUCGACUGCAUCCCGAAGGCCUGGAGGUGCGACGGUUACCCCGAGUGUGAUGACGGCAGCGACGAGGAGAACUGUCCCGUCUGCUCCGAGUCGGAGUUCCAGUGCGACAGCCGGCAGUGCAUCGACCUGAGCCUGCGCUGCAACGGAGAGGUCAACUGCCAGGACCGCUCGGACGAGAACAAGUGUGAAGUACGCUGUCCUCCGGACCAGUUCACCUGCUCUAACGGUCAGUGCAUCGGGAAACACAAGAAGUGCGACCACAACAUGGACUGCACCGACAACUCUGAUGAGAUCGGCUGCUACCCGACCGAGGAGCCCCCGCCUCCGUCCAACAACACGAUUGGCUCCAUCGUGGGCGUUGUCAUGGCGCUGUUCGUGGUGGGCGGAGUCUACUUCGUGUGCCAGCGAGUCCUCUGUCCACAGAUGAAGGACGACGGAGAGACGGUAACCAACGACUUCGUGGUGCACGGACCGUCCUCGGUGCCGCUGGGAUACGUCCCGCACCCGGCAUCUCUGUCCAGCUCGCUGCCAGGUAUGUCCAGAGGGAAGUCUGUGAUUGGCUCCCUGAGCAUCAUGGGCGGGAGCAGCGGGCCACCGUACGACCGCGCUCACGUUACCGGAGCUUCGUCCAGCAGCUCGUCCAGCACCAAGGGAACAUACUUCCCUCCGAUCCUGAAUCCUCCUCCAUCUCCGGCAACGGUCCGCUCUCAAUACACCAUGGAGUUUGGUUAUUCCUCCAACAGCCCCUCAACACACAGAUCCUACAGCUACCGGCCAUACACCUACCGUCACUUCGCCCCGCCCACGACCCCGUGUAGCACCGACGUGUGCGACAGCGACUACACGCCGGGUCGCCGGGCGCCGCUCAAGUCCGCCGUGGCCGCCGCCAAGGGCUACACCAGCGACCUCAACUACGACUCGGAGCCUUUCCCGCCGCCGCCGACGCCGCGCAGCCAGUACCUGUCGGCGGAGGAGAACUGCGAGAGCUGCCCGCCGUCGCCUUACACCGAGCGCAGCUACUCGCACCACCUCUACCCCUCGCCGUGCACGGACUCCUCGUGA